AUGUCUUCUUUUGCAUUCUUAUUCCUCUGCAUUCAGGCCUGCCUGAUCCAGAAUGCCUUCUCCCAAAUAAUCUCGCGAGGUUACAACCCCAUGGACGUUGAAGUCGACGCUCUCAGCUACGGAAUCUCUGGAGGCCUCAGCGGCUAUGGAGUCGGCGCCUCUGGAUACGGACUUGGCAGCACCAACGUAGGACUUGGCGGCGCCAGCGCGAUCGGACUUGGCAGUGCUAACAUUGGCGGCGCCAGCAGAAUCGGUCUUGGCAGCGCUAACGCCAUCGGACUUGGCAGUGCUAACGUUGGUGGCGCCAGCAGAAUCGGACUUGGCAGCGCUAACGCUAUCGGACUUGGCAAUGUGAACGCCGGCGGCUGGUCUGCGGGCACCGUUGGCAGCGGCUUCACUGGCGGAUACGCCCCCUCAGACGUUGCCGCCGUUGCCGCUCUGCCAGUCUCUGGCCCGUACGGCGGUACUGGCUACGGAGAGAUGGCCGUUGGAGGCGACUUUGGCGCGGCUGGCAAUGCCAUCGUGACCGGCCAGCUGCCAGUGCUUGGUGCGGUGUCGUUCAAUGGCAACAUCCCCGCCAGUGGCGUCGUGUCCAUCGCUGGCAACUGCCCCUGCGGUGGUGUGCAGUUGUAA